ACACAUGGAAGUAUUUCACUGUCUGACAACUAUGUCUUGAGCGAUACAGAAGAAAUAGAUUUGUAUACCCUGUGAUACUGACACAUCUCUUCCUGUAACAGUACUAAUUUAGCAUGAAAUUAUGAACCAGAAACUUCCAAAUGUCUUUUGAACCAAUUCCCUUACCAACCCUGUAAAAAAAACUAUUAUAGUAUCAUUCUUACAAAGACGCUAAGGCUGUGGGAGAUGCUCUGCCUAAGAUAACACAGCUAGUACGUGGUAGUUCAGAUUUAAGCAGAGGCCUUCUAUGAGUUAGCACAGACUUAAGUACACCACCAAGGCAGCAUGAAAAAACUGAAAGAAUAGCAACAGAAGAUGGAAAUAAAAGUUAAAGUGAGAUACAUUUCAAAAAAAAGAUUACCUAAAGAAAGAAGGAAAAGGAAAAGAGAAAGAAAUAGGAAGCUGAGAUAGUAGGGAGGAGAGAGUAAGAGAGGACAAGAAGUGGAGGAGAACUUGCUGCUCUGGCACACAGCGGAAGACAGGAAAAGGCUGCUUGGUUUCGCUUGGAUGUUCUAGGGAUUGUAUUGUAGUGCUAAAUAUUUAGCUUAGAAACUGUUUUCAAAUUUGAAGAACUGCUUUUGGUUGAGCAUGUGCUACCUUCUGGAUAUCAGAAAAUUCAUAGACAGUAAAUUCAAGUUUACAUUGAAAGAAAAAAAUACUGUUUCAUGAAGCUGAAAUAAGGGAAACUUGUAACAAGGUAAACUCAAACAGAAACACCAACCACUAGUAUUUUUAUUGAAUAAUAUUAACUUCUCACUGAUUUCCUUGGGUUCUCAAGUAUCUAAGUAAAUCUUAAUAGGCAAUCUAAACAUCUUAAAGCUAGGAAUUCACUAGCAUUCAAAGAAGAACCAAAUGUCCCUCAGCGCCCCCCCAAAGCCCCCAAAAACAAAGUGACAAAGUGACUAACAGGGCCCAGCUAGGUUGGGGGCUGAAGGUGGGGAGCCAUAUCACCCUGGUAUAGGUGUUAAAGCCAGACCAGGUGUAAGAGGGUGUUCGUGACCUGCCCAGUAGUGAGGAGAGGAGCCGUGUAGGAGGAGAGUCAGUACAGGUGGCCAAAGCACAAGCAGGAUGAAAACAGUAUCUCUACAAAAGCACGGUUGGGCUUCAGGUGAGGAAGAGUCCUUGUGUAGCAGCUGGGCAGGGGGUAGGAAGAAUGAGAGAGAGAGAUGCCUGGCAGUGUCAGAGCAUGAGCUCAGUAAAAAGGACUCCGUGAGGAAGGGCUACCUGGCACAGAAUGUCAGAGCCUAGAUGAGGUAGAAAGGGUGUCAACACAGGAUAAGGUAUUGUGGUGGUGGCCUGGAGUUGGGUGAUAAGAACCGAGAUGGGUGGGAAGGACAUUUGUGCAAUGAAGGGGACAGUAGCAAGUUUGGUUACAUAUAAGAGGACUGAUCAAAAUAAGGAAAUAUAUUAAAGAUACUUAGAGCCAGAUUUCUCAUUGUCAGAAAAAGGAAUUACAAAUAAGGAAAAGGAAAAAAUUAGAAUGAACUCUGUAUUAUUAGAUUAAAAUGGAAAGCACUGGUGUCAACUUAUGGUUUUCAAUACAGAUAUAUAGGAAAAGUCAAAUCUCCUGGAAACUCUUCUGGUUCUCUUUCUACGGCUUCAAAAAGCUUUCAUGAAACAGGGAAGGAUGGGCCUGAACGACUUUAUUCAGAAGACUGCCAAUAACUCCUAUGCAUGCAAACACCCUGAAGUUCAGUCCAUUUUGAAAAUCUCCCAACCUCAGGAGCCUGAGCUCAUGAAUGCCAACCCUUCUCCUCCACCAAGUCCUUCUCAGCAAAUUAACCUGGGCCCAUCAUCCAAUCCUCAUGCUAAACCAUCUGACUCUCACUUCUUGAAAGUGAUCGGGAAGGGCAGUUUUGGAAAGGUUCUCCUAGCAAGACACAAAGCCGAAGAAGCAUUCUAUGCAGUCAAAGGUUUACAAAAGAAAGCGAUCCUGAAAAAGGAGGAAAAGCAUAUUAUGUCUGAGCAGAAUGUUCUCCUGAAGAUCGUGAAACACCCUUUCCUGGUGGGCCUUCACUUCUCUUUCCAGACGGCUGACAAACUGUACUUUGUCCUAGACUACAUUAAUGGUGGAGAGUUGUUCUACCAUCUCCAGAGGGAGCGAUGCUUCCUGGAAACACGGGCUCGGUUCUAUGCUGCUGAAAUAGCCAGUGCCUUGGGUUACCUGCACUCUCUGAACAUCGUUUAUAGAGACUUAAAGCCAGAGAAUAUUUUGCUGGAUUCACAGGGACACAUUGUCCUUACUGACUUUGGACUCUGCAAGGAGAACAUUGAACACAAUGGCAUGACGUCCACUUUCUGUGGCACACCCGAGUAUCUUGCACCUGAGGUGCUUCAUAAGCAGCCUUAUGAUAGGACCGUGGACUGGUGGUUUCUGGGGGGCGUCUUAUAUGAGAUGCUGUAUGGCCUGCCUCCCUUUUAUAGCCAAAACACAGCUGAGAUGUACAACAACAUUCUGAACAAACCCCUCCAGUUGAAGCCAAAUAUUACAAAUUCUGCAUGACACGUCCUGGAGGGCCUCCUGCAGAAGGACAGGAAAAAGAGGCUUGGUGCCAAGGAUGACUUUAUGGAGAUUAAGAAUCACAUCUUCUUCUCCCUAAUUAACUGGGAUGAUCUCAUUAAUAAGAAGUUAACUCCCCCUUUUAACCCAAAUGUGAGUGGACCCAGCAACCUGGAGCACUUUGAUCCCGAGUUUACCAAAGAGCCGGUCCCCAACUCCAUUGGUCGGUUGCCCGACAGUAUCCUCCUCACAGCCAGCAUCAAGAAAGCGGCCGAAGCCUUCCUGGGCUUUUCCUACGCACUUCCCGUGGAAUCUUUCCUCUGA